UUCCUCCCAGGCGGGCCGGCGCGAUCCCGGGGAGGGCGGAGAGGGCGGCCGCGGGCAGACGCUGCGCUGCGCUCCGCCGGCCGGCACCAUGCGGCCCCUGCUCUGCGCGCUGGCCGGGCUCGCCCUGCUCCGCGCCGCGGGCGCUUUCGCCGCUGCCGAACCCUUCAUCCCCUCCCACGGAGACCCAGCUCGGGCCACAGGGUGUGACAAGCACAUGGCCAUCCACAGCCGGUUAGACGUCCUGGAGGAGACAGUGGAGAAGACGGUGGAGGACCUGGAGGCAGAAGUAAAAGGCCUGCUGGGUCAGCUGGAGGAGCUGGCCUGGAACUUGCCCCCAGGGCCCUUCAGCCCGAUCCCUGACCUCCUAGGAGACGGAGAUGAUCGCUUUUGAGCACCAGCCGCUGGCAGUUGAUACAGCAACUCUCCUCUGUGAACAGAGCUUUGCGUUCUGGCCUGCCUUCCUCAGCUUUGUGCAAAAUAAAAACUACUCCUUUGGUCCCCUCUGUGUCUGCUGACAGUGACCCUUGCAGCCACACGCCCUUCUCCAUCUGCUGUCAUGCCCUGAGACUCACACCCCCUGCAGGCUCAGACUUCGGAGCCCCAGUGGGUCUGGGCUUCUGCCCGCCUUAUUUAUAGGGGCGGACAGGGCAGGAGUAGGUUCACAGAGGAGACGUACCUGAGGCCCAGAAUCGUAAGGCGACACAGUGGAAGGGCCCUUGACUAGCCUUGUUACUCAGUGUGUGGCCCUGAGUGAAGAGAAGGGGCUUCACCUGGGAGCUUACUGACAAUGCACAACUGGGGGCCCUACCUCCUAAAUCAGAAUCCACAUUUUAAUGAGAUCCCCAGGGGAUUUGUGUACACAUUAAAGUUUUAAAAAAUAUUUCUACAGAGUUAAAAUUCACCUGACAUAAAAGUCAAAAUGUUAACCAUUUAAAAUGGUGCAAAUUCAGUGGCUUUACAAUGUUGUGCAGUCAUCACCAUUUUCUAAAACCAGAUAUUUUCAUCACCCCAGAAAGAAACCCUGUACCUACUGAGCAGUCCCUUCCCAUUCCUGCUCCCAGCAUCUCUUAGAAACCACCAACAUUUCUGUCUCUGUGAACUUGCCUGUUCUUGCCGUUACAUAUAAAUGGAAUCAUACAUGA